AUGAAGCCUGGUGCCCACCUCCUCCUUUUGGCCGGGCUCCUCGCUCUCUGGGCUCUGAUGCCCCCCGCGUCUGCUAAAGGCAAACCUGGCAGCUGCCCUGUCCGAAAGGGCCCUGGCAUCUGUCUGCAUGGCUGUUCUUCAGACUAUUCAUGCCCUGGAAGGCAGAAGUGCUGCAGCAAUGGCUGUGGGCAUGUGUGCAUGGAUCCAGUAUUCAGAAACAAGCCUGGCAGGUGCCCCAGACAUAAAGGCCCUGUCAUCUGUGGGCAUGGCUGUUCUUCGGAUUUUGAUUGCGGUGGAAGACAGAAGUGCUGCGGCACCGGCUGUGGGCGGAUGUGCAAGAAUCCAGUCUUCGCAGACUAACCUCGUCUGAUCUCCGGAAUCCUUGACAGCAGCCCGUGCAGAAGAGCUGCUCCCCUCGAGAGCCGGUGCACCAACUCGGGCCCUGAUCCUGCUGCCCUCUCCUGCAGUUUCCCCACCAGCGGCACCCCGAGAGAACCUCAUCCUCAGCUUAACUCACAA